AUGACAUUCAUUUUUAUCGCACAUAAGACGACAGUGCUUUACCACGGCAAAAUUACUAGUCUUGUCUCAUUCGGAUUUUACGCAGAUUCAGUCACCUCCACGCACACCACCGCCGCCGCCGUUCCACAGACUGAACUGUGUGUUCCGAGUACUUCCUAUCCGGAACCCGAUCCGGUCGAUCACCUGGCUGCUGUCUUUCCCAGCAUCCGAAGAAGUCAAAUUCGUGAAUUCCUCGAUUUGGCUGCCGGUGAUAUUGAGUGGGCCUCCUCACUCAUACUGGAAGGUGUACAGAUUGGCGUGGAAACGUCCGAUGUGCCUGUUGAAGGCCCCACUUCGUGUGAUGAACAACCGCCCACCUCUACGAGAGAGGAAUACGUGGAAUCCAACCGCAGCUGUCCGGACUUGGAGCCCUGUUUGGAACCGUCGAUCAUGCCAGUCGACUGCGAUCCAGUACAAGCCACUCCUUCGGACGACUCGACCAGUGUGGUAGACAAAUCGACCGUAGAAGUGCCUACGAACAACAAAUGUUUCUCCAUCUCAAGACAGUUUGUUCGCGAAGCCUAUGAUAUGUAUGGUUUUGCCUUGGGCAUCCCGCCUGUUGACUUGUCGGUUGCCGCAGUACCGGAUUUUUUAUUUGACGAAUGGCACCCAGAACCGGAAUUGGUACGGGGAAUUUUGCAAAGUUUUCUUCGAUUCCUGGGAAUUGUACACCAGCCCACGGUUGCGGGCGGUCGAUCAAGCCGAUCGAAUACGAUCACCGAGCCGCCGAAAACCAAUUCAAAGAAUAACCGUGAGUAG